AUGUACUUUACGAAACCUGAAGAUUAUGGCUUGUUAGAAAGUGGUCCAACUAUGAACUAUUGGAUUUGGGUACCAACAGUGCUCUUCCUGGCUUCCAUGGCUGUUUCCGUUCUUUCACAAUGGUUUUCCUAUUUGUGGCCUGCUGUAGAAUAUAAGAAACAAUUCAAGAAUAAGACAACUCAUUACGUUCUCCUUUCAUAUGCUGUGAAUCACUUCUUGAGCGCUCUGCUGACAACUUUUACAAUUGCCUAUGCUAGAUACUAUGGUUCUUGUUAUGAAUCCAAUAUAUUCGAAAUGAGUUUCUUGGAAAUGUCCAAGUACAUUAUCACAGUUCUGUGGUGUGUUGCCCAGCAGGUACUUAUCUAUGACUUUUUAAUCUAUGUCUUCCAUAGAAGUUGCCACGUUAAUAAGUGGAUGUAUAUUCAUAUUCACAAGUGGCAUCACGAGAAUAAUACACCAAGAGGAAUCUGUGAUGGAAUUUAUGGUGAUGCCUUUGAGGGAACUUUGGUGGCUUACUUUGCUGUUGGUCAAAUGAUGUUCUUCUCAUUGCCAGUCAGUUCAAUUUGUCUCUUCUUAUUGUAUAUUAGUUUCUUUGUUCAAUUGAAUCACAGUGGAAGAAAGGUUAAGAUUCCAUAUUUCUACUCGUUCAAGGCACACGCUGUCCAUCAUCGUCAUUUCAAAUAUAAUUUCUCUGAACACAUUCCUUUGUGGGAUUAUUUGUUUGGUACCUUAAGAUUGAGUGAAAUCAGUGAUGACCAAUUCUAAAUUAAUAUUAUUGGAGAAUGUUAUUCGAAUCAAUAUUCUCUUUGAAACACAUAAAAAUCUCUAAAUAAAAUUGUUUAAUUUAU